UUGCAUGAACCAUGGGUAACCUGUCAUUCGGUUUCCUUAAUCUUUACUUUUUACCCUUUACCUGUAAUAUAAUUUUAUUUUAGCGUAUGAAAAAAGUUAUUUUGAAUAAAAGUUUUACAAUCAUACAUAGGAUAAAGGAAUAAAAGAGAUAGUCUGUUGAGAAAGAAAGGGCUAUUAAAAUGAAUUUUAUAUCGUAUAUUAAAUCUGAUUUUCAAUAUGCAUAAAUUUAAAACGCUGAAUUCUUCAAAGUCAUCAUUAGGACGUCUUUAUUCCAGUAAGCCAAAUAUUAAAUCGUCAAAAAAUCAUUAUGAUACAUUAAAGAUUACACCACAUGCUACUCAGAAUGAAGUGAAAUCAGCGUACUACAAAUUAUCUCUUCAGUAUCAUCCUGAUAAAAAUAAGAGCGGGUAUGCAAGAGAGAAGUUCCAAGAUAUCUCAGAUGCCUACGAAGUACUCGGCAAUCAUGAUCUGCGCAAGAAUUACGACCGAGAUAUAAUGAUUCGUCAGUCACCAAUGUCUACUACUGCUCAAGAGCCUAUAUCUUAUUAUAAAGACAAGGUUUACUCAGAUAGUUCAAAAAUUUAUAAUUUUGACGAAUGGACGCAGGCACAUUAUGGAAGGCAAAUGCAUAUGGCUCGUAUAAGGAGAGAUAUCUAUGACCAAUAUAAACAGAUGGAACAGGUGAACCGCCGUAAGAGGAAUAAUCCUGGAGUUAUAGAAUUUAUCCUAUUUUUGUUCACUAUAACAAUAGGUGUUAUAUAUAUGGAACAUACGGUAGAUGUACCAGCAUCUAAAAGUAAAAAACAUAUAGAAGAAAGUAAUAAGAAAAACAAUUAGUCAAUGUAUUUAUUUUGAAUUGUAUAAAUUAAUAUUUGUUUUAAUAUUAAAUGUACAAAUUUAUUUUUAUGCCACCUAUCUUAUUGUUAUACUUACUAGUCAAAUAAAGAAGAUAUUAAAUA